CGAAGGAGCAGCAGCAGAGGAUAGACGACACGAAACCCGGGAGGCCUGCCGAAAACAUCGGGAACACAAACUCCAUACGUUUUCAUAAUAAAACUUUCGCAUGUUGAGGAGCCGUGGCAGAGCAGGAACUUCUACUGCUGCUGUAUUCGCUUUCUGAGGCGCUUGAGAGCGAGCCGCAAGUGUGACUCCAUGAAAGAUGUCAGAGGAGGCGAUUGUGAUUGCCAAGUGGGACUACUCGGCACAGCAAGAGCAGGAACUUGACAUCCGGAAGAACGAGCGCCUUUGGCUCUUGGACGACUCGAAAACGUGGUGGCGUGUUCGCAAUGCAGCCAACCGCACAGGCUACGUACCAUCCAACUACGUGGAAAGGAAAAAUAGCCUGAAGAAGGGUUCACUGGUGAAGAACCUCAAGGACACUCUGGGUCUGGGUAAGGCUAAGCGGAAGCCGAGCACAGAUGCCGAGUGCCCAUCAAACGGCGUCAGCGCGGGAGCAGAGCGUAUCUAUGAGCUGCACACAGCGGCAGUGGCCAAGUUUGCAUACACGGCAGAGCGUGAUGAUGAACUGAGCCUGGCGAAAGGUGCACGCCUGCUGGUACUGGAGAAAUGCAGUGAUGGCUGGUGGCGUGGCCGCUGCAGUGACGGCCGGGUCGGCUGGUUCCCCUCUAACUACGUCCAGGAGGAGGAGGAUGAGGAGGAGGAGGAGGAAGAGACAGGUAUGGGCGAUGGGCAGUGCUCACGAGCAUUGCACAAGGUGCAGACGCUUUACCCCUUCAGCUCGGCCACGGAGGAAGAGCUGAAUUUUGAUAAAGGAGAAAUCAUGGAGGUGUUGGAGAAACCUGAGAAUGACCCUGAGUGGUGGAGGUGUAAAAAUAGUCAAGGCCAGGUGGGCCUUGUGCCCAAAAACUAUGUGACGACAGUGCUGAAUGAUGGGUUGGUGCAAGGAGGAGGGGCCAGCAGUUUCAUGGCCCAUCCUUUACAGCAUGCAGGCCCCGCCCACACAGGCAGAUUUGCUGGGAAGGAGUGGUACUACGGCAGCGUGACACGGCACCAGGCUGAAUGCACGCUAAAUGAGAGGGGAACCGAGGGAGACUUCCUAGUGCGGGACAGUGAGUCCUCUCCAAGCGAUUUCUCCAUCUCCUUGAAGGCGUCAGGCAAGAACAAGCACUUCAAGGUACAGUGCGGUGAGGGUGUGUACUGCAUCGGGCAGCGACGUUUCAACACUAUGGAUGAGCUCAUCGAGCACUACAAGAAAGCACCCAUUUUUACCAGUGAGCACGGAGACAAACUCUACCUUGUCAAACCCCUGCAGUGACCUUUCAACCAAAAAUGAGCCUUGAGAACCUGAAUAGACCUCACACUGAGCCAAGCCUCCUUACUGUUCUCCUUGGUGGUCAGUUCUCACCAGCAAGUGGGCAACAGAGUGCCAACGCAAGCAGCCGUGCAGCGACAUUGUCCCUUAUUUUUUAAUCAUCGUCAUUUCCUGUUUAUGUCUUAAAAUAUUUUGUCCUCUCUGGCAUGAAACUGUUUGGUAAUAAAACUUUAAGUGUUGAGGGAUAAUAAGAGGUACACUUUUUUUCUUCUUUUUUUUUGCUGCAGUUUCAAUUCAGAUUUUACACAACACUUAAGUUCACAAAAAGUAGCCUUUUAAUUUAAUUUUUUAUUAAUAUGAUUCGACGGUACAAUAGAGAAUAUUCUGAGCCUUCUCAUGGAAGUCUAUCAAAAGAGCGACAGGACUAUCGACAUGUUGCCAAAAAUAGCCAGUUUGUAACACACAGAUACUGCCUGCCCCCUGCUGGAGACACACAUAAAUGCAUGGGCUGUUUGAGAUGAGAUGAAUGUCAGAUGAUCAACCAAAUGUGCCACACACUCGUUAAGUGCAACAAUCAACAUUAUCCUAUCCCCAUAUUGACCACCGCCUGAGUCAUAAUAUAUCUGUAUGGGUAUCUUGUAUAAUUACAAGAGAGCUUAUUCUGUACACAUUUAAUUUCCCAGCCUUUUUGUUUUAAGUGCUUGAAUGUAAGAACAUUGUUAUUUAAAUUGGUGUCUAUUUAAACUAAAGCCUAAGGUGCAUAUAGGACAAAUUUACUAAGCACUGUACCAAUGACCGUUAUGU